GUCCCUGGCAGCGGCGCAGUGCCGGCGCUCUCCCGCCUGACCGCGGGUCAGGGCCACCAACAUGGCUGCGCCCAUCCGCACGCCCGGGGCACGGCUGCGCUGGGGCGGCUAGUCUCGUCCCGCGGUAGGGGAGCCGCUCUUUGCCUCCGCUCCGUAACGCCACCCCCGCAUGGAUCCCCGGGAGUCCUGGGCGGCCUUGGCGGCUGGUGGAGUUGCUGGUGUCUGUGUUGACUUGAUCCUCUUCCCUCUGGAUACUGUGAAAACAAGACUGCAGAGUCCUCAAGGAUUUAGGAAGGCUGGUGGUUUUCGUGGCAUCUAUGCUGGUGUUCCUUCCACUGCUAUAGGAUCCUUUCCAAAUGCUGCUGCGUUUUUUAUCGCCUAUGAGAACGUGAAAAGCAUGAUGCACCAUGGCCCUGCCUCUUACUUGACCCCGGCAACACACAUGGUGGCUGCCUCCGCUGGGGAAGUGGUUGCAUGCCUCAUACGAGUCCCGGCCGAGGUUGUCAAGCAAAGGGCACAGGUGUCUCCUUCCUCCAGCACCCUCCGGAUUCUCUCUCACACCUUGUAUCAUGAGGGUAUUCGAGGACUUUAUCGGGGUUAUAAAAGCACAGUACUAAGAGAGAUCCCUUUCUCUCUGGUACAAUUUCCCCUCUGGGAGUUCUUAAAGGAUCUCUGGUCAUGGAAGCAGGGUCACGUGGUGGAUUCUUGGCAGUCAGCAGUCUGUGGAGCUUUUGCAGGUGGAUUUGCAGCUGCAGUCACCACACCUCUUGAUGUAGCGAAGACAAGAAUUAUGUUGGCAAAGGCUGGUUCCAGCAAUGCCAGUGGGAAUGUUCUGUCUGCGCUCAGUGGCAUCUGGAGGACACAAGGCCUGUCAGGCUUGUUUGCCGGUGUUGUCCCAAGGAUGGCAGCCAUCAGCCUGGGGGGCUUCAUCUUCCUGGGGACAUACGAGAAGACUCGCCAGCUGCUGCUCUGACCCAGCCCUGCCGGUGGCCGCCGACCGCCGACGAGGUCAUUGGGGAACUGUGCCACAAAAGUAACGUUCUGGGGGGUAAGCAGCUAAUUACCGUGGCUGAGAAAGCGUUGUUAGAACUCCUGCAGGGGAGCUGCUUUGCAAAGCUCCAGUUCGUGGGUUGGGCCGGGAGGCUGAAAUAAAGCAAGUUUUCAUCA